AUGGAGUUGGCGCAGGGAGAGCAGAAAGUCUCGGAUUCGUGUCAAGCCCUAAAGCGCAGCAUGGAGGCAGUGGUUGGUGGCAUCAAGAAGAAGCGUAGAAUGUUAGACGACGUGCUUGAGGAGCGCCUGAAGUUGUCCUGCUCAGCGGAUGGGAAGGAUGAGAAGGCAACGGCGAAAGGCUCUGACGUGUUGAAGCUGAACGUAGGUGGUGAUAGUGCAUUUCAAACCAGGAGAGACACCCUCACCGCCAUCGAAGGCUCGCGCUUGUCGCAGAUGUUUGGAGGCCGCUGGGAUAAGGUUCUGCCAAAGGACAAGAGUGGCAGAUUCUUCCUCGACCGGAUCCGCAGCAGUUCAGGGCUUUGCUCUCUUGGCUGGUUGAUGUCAAGCGAACUCCGCCAGGAUCACUUGAAGAAACCGAGCCCCCAGUCGAAUCGUUGCCGGAAGAGUUUCGCCCUGGCUUUUUGGAUUUGUGCCGCCUCUUGUGUUCACGUGAUGAUUUGGAGAGUGAGAGCAAGAAAGCGAGGAAGAGGAUACAGCAGCUUUCUCGGAAACACUCGAGGCUUUGAGGGAAGCCUUGGAUUCUACUAUCAACGAGGAUGA